CCUGCUUCGCCUCAUGACAGAUAUAACCACAGGUGUUUCUCGCAACCUGGAGAACAGACUGGAAAUUCAACAUGCCAAAAGGAGAAAAUAAAACUGCACAAGUUUCAGACGAUGACACUGUUGUCACCGUGGUGCUGCUGGGACAAAACAGCGCUGAUAAGUGCCUGAUAGGAAACACCAUGCUUGGGUAUAACUGCUUCCAGCCAGGAAAGUCCAUGUAUCAGAAGGCUCUAGGAAGAAUGAGGGACGAGCUGCUCUACAUUAUAAACACCCCAGACCUUUUCUGGAGAAUAUGCCAAGAACCAGAAGCUAAUGCUAUAGAGGAGAUGAAGCCAUCAUACACGGGUCCACGCAUGUUCCUCCUGGUUCUCCACGAUAAACAGCUGUCCCAGGAAGAGGUGGAGAUGUUUACCCAAAUGAAGGAGAGAUUUGGAGAGAAAAUGACAAAAAAUAUUACUGUAGUGUUGAUCGACAACAAAGAGACAUCAAGACAGUCCUGCAACAUAGUGGAUAUAAAUCUAAAAAAGAUUGUACAUGAAUGUGACGAGAGAAUUUGCGUCUUCAGCAAAGAUACAGCAGACUCAGAUCUGGUCAGACAGCUUCUGAUACAUAUUACGAAAACGCCAGAGAAAGUAGAAGCUGAUCCUGGCAGUUCAUCAUUAUCCUGUAGAUUACAUGAAGACAUGAAUAAGUAUGUUCAUCAGAAGGAAAAAGAUGACUCAGAACAACCAAAGACAAUGCCAGGGGAGGAUGUGAAUGUCAAGUCACUUGGAGGUGACUGCAAUAUCAUCACCAUGGUGCUCCUGGGAGUGAACAGCGAUGACAAGUGCCUGAUAGGGAACAGUAUUCUCCAGCAUGAUUGUUUCAUGGCUGGAAAAGCCACAUGUGAGAGGGUUGUGGCUAGAGUAGCUGAUCAGAUGGUCUGUAUUGUCAACACUCCUGACCUUUUCUAUAAACCAAGCCCAGAUCCAGUAGCUGACAGUAUGGAGGAGAUGAAGCCAUCAUACACGGGUCCACGUAUGUUCAUCAUGGUACUGCAGGACAAAACUCUCUCACAGGAAGAGAUGGAGAUGUUCGCCCAACUGAAGGAGAGAUUUGGAAAGAAACAGCUUGAAAACAUGCUUGUUGUGCUCAUAGGUAACGAAGAAAAUAACUUAAGAGAGACCUUUGAAGCUGAUAAGACCCUCAAAAAGAUUCUAGAUGAGUGUAAGGAGACGGUUUAUGUUUACAGGAGUAAUGUGAAAAGCACUGAGCUGGUCGGACAGCUUAUAGGACAAAAGAACAUGCAAGCAGGAAUCUGAGAAAAACUGAAUAUACCAGUUAGAAAUCAGCUCAGUCCAUCUAAUAUGUUCUGUGUGAUUGAUAUUGUGCCAUAAAACAGAUUUUACUAAAUACAAAAGAAGAGUUGUAAUCCUACAGUGUAAUGUCUAUGUGUAACCAAAAGAUGCAAUAAACAUAUGCAACACAAC